AUGAACCCGGGCUUCAGUAUCUCCUCGGCGGUGACCGCCUCCAUGUUUUUGGUUCUGUUCAGGUCCGUAGGAGGAUGUCUCAGACGGUCAUACCCGUGACGUCUUCAACCCUCGUCAUCCAGCUGCAGCCGACGACGCACACCACCGCUGUCCCGCCGCUCCCCGCCGCUCCUGCUGCUCCUCUUCAGGGCCUUCAAGCGUUUCUGAAAGGACAACCCAAAGCCCUCGGGACGGUCCAGGUAAUGAUCGGCGUGAUGACUCUUCUGUUUGGCAUUGUGUCUUCAGUUCACGCAGAACCCAUCUUUAUCUACAGUGGUCUUUCGUACUGGGGAUCUCUCAUCUACAUCAGCGCGAGUUCACUCUGCAUCGCCGCCGAAAACAAAAUGAAUUCCCGCUCUGGUUUGUGUUUGGUGAGGGCUUCCCUUGGAAUGAACAUCUUCAGCGCUAUAACCGCCGGCAUUGCCAUCAUUUUACUUUUAAUAGAUUUGGUUAUAGCAGCGUUGAAUUACUGCGGUGAUUUUGACUGUUAUUUGAAAAUCAAGUAUGAGACUCUCUUAAAGGGAAUCAGAGGUGUGUUGCUGAUAUUCUCCGUGCUUGAGUUCAUCAUCUCCAUCUGUCUGUCAGCGUUCGCCUGUAAAGCCGACGCCUGCUGCUGUCCUCCUCAGGUGCAGUUUGCUCAGGUUUUACCUCCACAGUCGUCUAAUGUGGUUCGUUUCCAGGAUCUGAACAGAUCUGAGAUACCCGUGACCAGCAGCUCUUUCAUUCAUCAACAUCCUGCAGACGUUCCUCCACAAUACACUGAAAGCAAAUAUGAAUAA